CAACUUCCUUGAAAGAGAAAGGAUCACAUACUUACAGCGGCUAUCGGCCUUGUCGCUGCAAAAUUUAGACUGGCACCGAUCACCAUGCGUUUUAUUUCUACUACUAUUCGUUUCUAGUUUAGGUCUAAUUGUAAGCUAGAGCGAGUACAGAUUUCUGGAAUUCUCGACUAUGGUUCAUUAACAUCUGAGCCAGUAUAUGUGUGUAUACAUAUGCCUACUGCAUCUAUAUCGUAACGUAUAGUUGAAGAUCGAUAAAUUACAGUUAACGUUAGCUCAUGAUGAUUCCAGAACGUUUUUCAACUUCAUAAGUAUUAACAAAAACUUCAUGCGUUUCACGAAUAAUGAUCAUUUGCAUAAUUAUUACAGAACCUGCCCAAAUUGUAUUGCAUCAAAUAUCAUAUUAUGGGAUUCCAUAUGGGACUUUAUUUAAUCGUACAAGUUUUCUUUAAGUUAUUUCGAGCGAAUUAAAUAUUAUUUUAUGAUAGUUAUUGCCAGUCUGAAAUGAAAUCUUUCACAAAGUAAAGGAAUGUAGCUUUAAAUUAUAGAUCAUGACAAUUGUGUAUAAUAUAUGCACAGAUUGAAAAUUGUACUUCAAACAAUACAAGAACUAAUUCCGAAGUUUUUGUAUUUUAUUAGAUUCCACGUUUCACGUAUCUCGGAAAAAUUACAAUGCACAUAUAAUAAUUAUUAAGCAUUGAACUUUAGGCAAAUAAUAAAACGACUGAGCUGAAUAUAGUUCAAUAUAUCUAUGAUAUUUAAAAAAAAAUGUACGCUUAUCUGAUUAGUACGUGUCGGUUAUAGUUUAUCUGUAUAUCUAAAACGUGUAGACAUUGUCUAGAGCGAAGAAUGAUUGAUUCCUCGUCACAGUAUCGUUGGCUGAAAAUUGUCUUUCAAUCUUCAGUCAACGAUAGUAUAGAGGUCUCAAAUAUGAAGGCGUUAACUGAAGAUCAAUACUCUUACAACAUUUACAAUCGACUUUAUAUUAAAUAUGAAUACAUGGAAGGCCGAUAACGUGUCGCAGCACCGUUUCCGAGAAUAGAUUCAAUCAGAAACGAGAUCAGAAACGUUUAACAUGACGCAUAAGCUGACGCUUUCUCAAAAAUUUUUUCGGUUUAAUUACAUUUUAUAAGCACGAUAAGUUAUAUCUAUAGUGAUAAGCGAGGUUCAUAAAGUGUUCGCUGCUGUUUUGGCACACAUUCGCAAAUGAUUACGUCGGUAAUGCUGAAUUUAAUGCAAAAUUGAAUAUUUUUAAAGCAUAUGCUGACUAGGAAACAACUACAAUUUGUAUGCAUUGUCUGAUGAUUAUCAACGACUGAUGACAUUGAUUAAUCUUCAGUCAACGCUGAUGAUUAGUUAUUCGUUUGGGGUGGACUGUUCAAAAUUACCGCUGACAGAUACCGCCGACGACCGCGAGCGAUCAUCGAUGACGUCAUGACGUCAAAGUUCUACACUACGACAGCGUAGAGUGUACCCUAGUGUACUCAAAAGUGUACCAUUGUGGUUAGUGUGCUUGUACACAAAACGAGCUGCUGUCAAAAUAGCGUUUCUUUGGUUAUUUCUAAAAAUGUCGACUUUGUAUGAACAGAUAAAAAUUUUAUACGAUCAAGAAUUGUAUUCGAAUGUUAUUGCCCUAGCAAAUUUUGUUCUGUCUUUGAGUGAUCAUAACAGUGAACUAUUACCAGCACAGGCUAGAUUCCUUACUUACGUCCACUGUGCAGAUUCAUAUUUUCAUCUAUCCAAGUAUCGAAAGGCUGAAUCACUGUAUAAAAAAUCACUGCAAUUUCGAAAAAGUCUUUUGAAAUCUAAGGGUGCUACCAAACCCCCACCUGAAGGACAGAAGGAAAUCAUGUCCGACAUCGAUAUCAAAUAUCAAAUUCAUUUAUGCCUGGUUCAACUAAAGAAUACUCAAGAAGCACUACAAGUAUUACAGGGGAUACCUGGCAAGCAGAGAUCAGCUAAAGUUAAUAUGGCCCUGGCAAAAAUGUUUCAAAAACAAGGAAUGGAACGGUCAGCAAUUGCAUCGUAUAAAGAGGUUUUACGAGAAUGUCCACUGGCUUUAUCUGCAGUGGAAGGUCUCCUUGCCCUAGGGGUUAAGGGAAUUGAAGUUAAUUCCAUGAUUGUCAAUUCUAUUACUAGUGUUCCGAGUCUGGAAUGGCUGAAUAUGUGGAUUAAAGCGCAUGCCCAUGUCCACAAUCGAGAAUACAACCAUGCUAUUACCUCAUUCAGGUCAUUGGACAAUGCUAAUUUUCUCAAAGAUAAUGUGACACUCUUGACAACAAUGGGAGAAUGCUACUACUUUGCUGGUGACAACAAAAAUGCCUUGGCCUGCUUACGAAGAGCUAGGACGAUAGAACCAGAUUUCACUAAAGGCCUGGACAUAUAUGCUGCUGUUUUGUACAAGACACAAAAUAUAAAAGAGUUAGAAAAAUUAAUACCGGUCAUCACUCAGACUUCAGAAUACACAGCUGAACUAUAUAUUGCUAUGGCUUAUGCCCUUUAUGCUGCUCAUAAAUUCAGUAAAGCAUGCACGCUAAUUGUUCAAGCACAGAAUUUAGACCCAUGUAGUAUUGAGGCCAUUAUAUUAUGGGGAAAUGUUCUCAUAGAACAAAAGAAGUAUCAGGAGGCAUUACAUCAUUUUAGACAAGCUGCACUACUCAAACCUCAUAGAUAUGAACCACAUAAAGGCCUUGUGGAUUGCUACAUCGGAAUGCAUAGGCUAAGAGAAGCUCUCAAUAUUGCCAGUACAGGCUGCAAAUUACUUGGACAUACACCUCGAGCUCUAACGCUGUAUGCAUCAGUGUUAAUGAAAGAUCCAGUAUCAGUUGGCAAGGCAAAAAACUUAUUGGAGAAAGCUUUAAGUCAGGAUGAAUCAUUUUUACCAGCGGUUUAUUUGCUUGCUGAAAUAUAUGAGCAAGAAAUGAAUUUAGAAGCAGCCAUUGAAUUACUUGGAAGACAAGUCGAGUUACAACCUACUUCAAAAUUCCAUCAAAUGUUGGGUGAUCUAUGGGCUAGAGUUCACAAUCAAGAGAAAGCUUUGGACCAUUAUGCCGUUGCCUUAAAUCUAGAUCCACAUAAUAGACGCGCUCUGGAAGGACUACAUCGGUUAGACAGCACUUCCACAAAAUUGGAAUCAACUUAUUACAUGUCAGUAGGUGACGAACAUGCGGAUGCAACGUAUGACGUUGGAGACGGCUUACCAGAUACGGAUAACGAUGAGGCAGCCGAUGAAAGUGAAACAGAAGAAGUUUGGUCUGAUAUGGACUUGGAGGCAAACAGUCAACAGGGUAACUUGUGAUUCACAGUCAAUUGAACUAGCAUGCAUCUGGAAAGAAGGACGAAAUCUUGUAUCGAGUAUUGUAUGUUUGCGGUUCAUUCUACGAUCUUAUAGAGGUAAAUUCUCAUUUCUGGAAUAAAACUAGCAUCAUCAACACUUAGCAACACCAGUUGUAUAAUCUCAGUCUGAUAAUUCUACCAGGGCUUCUGAAUCUUUACUAGGACUAAAAAAGUAUUUGAAUAACUGUGAUUCAAUUCAUAUUAAUGAAUAUUAAUGAAAUUGUAUAAAAUUGUUAAUGAAUUAGAUAGAAUCUUGAUUUACGGUGUGAACUAUGCUUUACGAACAGGUAACACACUAUGACAAUGCAUAAAGCAUUGUGAUAAAUUUUUGUUUAUGCUCCCACCAAUCAUUGAUGAUAGCUUAAGCGGUAGGAAAUUACAUUUGAAUAGCAAAACUCUUUUGUGAUUUUUGUUUUCACAUUCGAUAAUUCUAAACAUGUGGUGUUUGAUGGAUGACGAUAAUAAAUCACAGCCGACGAACAGCCUGACUACAGCUAAUAUUAGAGUUGCGAAUUAGCUUCCCGUUUCACAUAGAUGCCGUUAUUUGGAAAUAUGUGAUAUUACUGGUAUCAUAUGUGUCUCUUAACUACAAGUAAGUAAAUGGUAUUUGAUUGAUCAGUAAUAAAUCAUGUAUUUAAUGCCUAAGUACAUUAUCCUUCUAAACAAUCAAAACUGAGGCAAAAUAGAAAAAAUAUCCUUAAAAAUUAAAUAAUAAUAUAAGAAGUCAAAGAUUUGAAACAACUCUCACAACAAAGGAAAGAAGAUGAAUGGGAAAAUCUGAAAUAUGCUAUGUACAUGAACAGAAAGAUUCUAUUAUUAAAUAACUUAUUGAUAUCUCUCAA